GAUAUACAAUAAAACAUUGAAGAUAUAAUUUUGACAAUUUGCUUUUAGUUAAAUAUUUUUAUAUUACAUAAUUUGUAAUAUAAGAUGAGUGCCGAAUAUGAGAAAACCUCUCUAGAAGUCAAAGAAGUAGACAGUCUUUUCAAUUUAUCAUCUUACCAUUUAGUAAAUCUGUUCGUCAAAGAAGCCAUCAAUAGUGUUUUUGAGGAAUGUAUACUACAACUUAAUAUAUUAAGACAUUUAAAUAUGAAAAAUACUAUUGAACUGGAUAGCGAUGUUGUUAAGUAUCAAACUCUUGAAGACAGAUAUACAGGAAUCGAGGACCAUUCUGAAACACGAAUCCCUUUCAUGAGUACCAACUACGAUAAGAUGGUUGUUGAUAUUAAUACAAUUUCGAAUAUAAUAAAACAAACCUCCAUAGAAAUACGCGACCACGGUACUACCAAGAUAUUAGAGAGAUGUAACAAUGCCCUUAGGAACAUGAUGUUGGACGAUGAAAAACUAGUGGAAGAUGAAACGAAUAAUAUGAAGGUAAUUAAGGAUUUAAGAAAACAGUAUCAUAAUGAGACGUUGGAUAAUAUGCGUACUAUAGAGGAAACUAACGAAAAAAAUAAGAAGCUGGCGUUUGAUGUUGAGAGCGCUAUAGUAUAUGGUCGUCUGGAAACCAAGUACUUUAUCAAUUGGGAAAUAGUUCGAGUAGAACAAAACAUCAUUGCUUGCAAAGAACGCGAACAACAUUUUUGGAAUAUUUCAAAAGAAGGCAGGGACAAAACUGAGCUUGAGAAAAAGUGCCAUCACCAAUUUAACAAAUAUAUAGAGGAGGAUAGAGUGAAUUGUUUGGAAAGCAUAAACUACUGGGUUCAAAGAUACGACAAUGAAAUAGAAAACCGAGAAGCGGAGAUGCUCCAAAUGAAAACCAAAUUAGAGGGGAUGACUGUAACUCACCAAAAUGUUAUAGCGGAACACCAGAAACGACAGAAAGAGAUGGCCGAAUGGAAGGCCUACAAAAAGGAGAUGCACAAGAAAAAAGCACGUGAAGCUGACAUUAAAUGGGCAUCACUGGUUGUCCAGACCUGGUGGCGAGGAAUUAUGACUAUAAAGGGUAUAGGUCCGUAUAAACCAAAGAAACAUAAAAAGAAAAAUAACGACGAAAACAAUAAUAAAAAUUAAAUAUUGAAUAUAAACGUACUUACAUAUAUACCUACCUUUAUUUUUAUAAGUUUUGUGUAAUAUAUCUUAUUAUUA